CACAAGACACUCGCCAGCGCUGCAGCCAGUGUUUCAACAGGAUGCUGAGUCCAGGAGCUGAUGAGCAACAGGAACAACAGCAUGGUGAGAAUGCAGUGGUCCUGAAGGCUGGUGAGAAAGGAGGCAAGAGAGGGCUUGUACAGAGCGAGCUUGAUCAGGGUGAGCUUGAUCAGGGCAAACUUGCUCCAAGCAAGCCUGCUCAAGAAGAGCUUGCUCAGUCCGGUCUUGCUCAGGAAGCCACAGGAGUGGUAGAGGAGGGAGAAAACAAAGAAGAAGAAAUGGAAGGAGCAAAUGCUGGCAAUGGUAGUUCUGGCCCCAUGGACAAGGGGAUCCAGGCAGAAGGUGAUCAUGGCAGCAGUGUUCAACAGCAACCUCAGCAAGAGGCGGCAAUGCCUGAGGGCACCAAGAGUCUCCAGGCUGGGGAUUUCCAGAGCCACACCAGAUUCACCCAGUCUCAGCUGCAGGUGCCGGACUGUCUUUUCAAAGAGACUUGCUACCCCAGCUUUCAAGUAAGGAAGGAUCUUGCAAGAUGGAUGGGUGUGUCAGAGGCAGAUGUGCUGGAUUGGUUUAGGACCAGGAGAGCCAUUUUCAGAAGAAGCAAUAGAAUGGUGGUGCUGAUCGAUGCACCACCUGGUCCCCAGAACAACGAUCCCUGA